AUGUUAUACUCUUUUCUACUUAGUGGUGGCAAAGACAGCUGCUACAACAUGAUGCAAUGUGUAGCGGAAGGACAUGAAAUUGUAGCACUUGCUAAUCUACGUCCAGAAGGAAAAGAUGAAUUGGACAGCUACAUGUAUCAGACAGUUGGACACCAUGCAAUAGAUUUCUAUGCCGAUGCGAUGGGCCUGCCACUCUACCGACGAAUCAUUGAAGGCAGUUCAGUAGCCAUAGAGAAAGACUACCAUGAAAAUCCAAAAGAUGAAGUUGAGGAUUUAUAUGCUUUGCUAAAAUAUGUAAAGGAAAACAUUGAAUUUGAAGCAGUAGCAUCUGGCGCCAUCCUAUCAGAUUAUCAAAGAGUCAGAGUAGAAAAUGUUUGCUCAAGAUUAGGGCUAACAUCCCUUGCUUAUCUGUGGCGAAGAGACCAGUCAGAACUAUUGCGAGAGAUGAUCGAAUCGGGUGUAGAAGCCAUCCUCAUUAAGGUUGCAGCAAUGGGACUUGAACCGAGAAAACAUCUUGGAAAAACUAUUGCUGAUAUCUAUCCUCACAUGUUGAAAAUGGAAACAACAUAUGGUUUGAAUGUUUGUGGAGAAGGUGGAGAAUAUGAAACAUUCACACUGAACUGCCCUUUGUUUGAAAAACGAAUUCUGAUAGGUAGGACAGAACUGGUGAUCCACUCUGAUGAUGCGUUUGCCCCUGUCGGCUUCCUCAAUCUAAAGGAGGUGUCCCUGGAAGACAAACCAUUGGUGGAGCCAUUGAGCCAGAGGGAGAGGUUGAUGGGAGUUCCGGUAACUCGCAGUCAGGACACGAUUAGCAAAGUGCUGGAGUCCGUAGACAGUGAGGUGACCGGUGCCAGCGCAGUUGCAGAGCCAUCCCAGUGCAAAACUCACACUGCACCACUGCCUCUUACCUCUACAGAAGAAACGACGCCAGUGUGCAUGAAGGAUGCUAUGGGAUUAUUCAGUGUAGCAGGUUUAGUGGGAGUUGUGUCUUCGAUGGAGUCCACUGAGGAAAUCGUCACGCGACUAAUGGACAAGUUAAAAGACGUGAUUGAAAACCAGGCAGGGGCGAAACUCAGGGAUAUCUCUUUCGUCCAUCUCUAUGUAUCCAACAUGGCUGAAUUUGCAAGGAUAAACUCAGUGUAUAGUACCUACUUCAGCCUCAAUCCCCCUGCAAGGACCUGUGUACAGGUGGCACUACCAGAGUCUGUCGUGCUACAGUUGGACUGCACCGGCAGUACAUCACACGAGGAACGCCACACUAUGCAUGUUCAGGGCAUCUCUCACUGGGCACCAGCCAACAUUGGACCAUACAGCCAAGCAGUCAGGGUUGGUAAUCGCAUAACAGUGGCUGGUCAGAUACCGCUAGUUGCUGGUAGCAUGCAGCUGAUAGGGGGUGGUAGUGCAUGUGAAAGUGCGCUAUCGCUGCAGCAUGUGCAACGCGUCUUGUCGGCCAUGCAGAGUGGUGCCACCUUACGGAAUAUUGUUUCCUGCGUGUGCUACGUCACACAUGAGAAAUUCCUCGAUGUUGCCAAGCAACAGUGGGCGCAAGCACGUCACAAACAAGAGGACGUGGAGGCCGCGUCACCGCUGCGUGCUUGCAUGAUGUGGGUUGUUGUGCCUGGCCUACCACGCGGUGCAGGGGUCGAAUGGGAGGUCACCGCUAUCACAGACACGAAUGGCUGUAAAAGUACGGAACUUGUGAAGAGAUACGGGGAAUUCUCUGUGAGAAGUUGGUCAGUUCACAAUGAAGCCGGAAUUCUUGCUAUCAAGCUCAAUGUCGAGUCACCUCUCCCCGCGAUCGGUGCCGCGGGGGCGCUGCAGGCGCUGACGUCACACAUCGCAUCUGUGUGCGUCGGAUGCGGUCGGCAUGGCGACGGCGACACCUCAGGCCACGUAACCGUGUUCUACCCGACCCGCCUAUUCGGACACGCGGAGAUGAAUGGAGCUGCACGCACGUUGCUCGCUGCUGGGGAGGCGACUGGGAGGCUGGCGGUGUCUGCCGUGCCCGUGUCGUCGCUGGAGCGUCCUCCGCACAUCGUUUCCGCCCUGCUGCUGCUUCUGCGAUGCUGACCUUGACUCAAACAGUUGACCUUGCCUCGACAUGGAGGUUUUGGAGGUCUUCAGGAUUCAUCACGCUGCUGUGGGGCUGCCGUGUAGAACUGUCUCGCUGUGGGAGAGGGGGGCAUGAAUGGUGGUGAGUGGGGUGUGAAUGAAUCGGGUUGCAGUGUGAGUAGCCCCGCGCAGGUGUCGCCUUUUGUGAGAGGGGUGACUAGGUAUGGUGGUGGGGAAAUGGGUCGCAUAGCUUUAAGAAAAGGUGGGGCUAGUGUAGAUACUUGCACGACUCAGUGUGAGAGGGGAGGGCAGGCGUAGUGGUGGAGACGGGUAGGAGGUCAUGGUGCUGCCGAGUAUUGUAAUGGUGAGGUCGUCGUGGCAGAACCGGCAAGUAUCGUUGAGAGACCAGUGUGGGGAGUGUUGUGUUGGGGUUGAUAGGUUAGUACGUGGUGGGGGAGAAUAACGUGAGAGGGACAAUAGUGUGGUGUGGGGUAAGUCAG